CCGGGAGCGAGGCCAGACCGCGGGGGCCCGGGAGGACGGCAGAUCCCCGAGGCUCCCGCAGCCGCGGCAGGACCGGCCGGCGGCGCGAUGGAGGGGAGCCCCAUCCCGGUGCUGACGGUGCCCACGGCGCCCUACGAGGACCAGCGGCCGGCCGGGGGAGGCGGGCUGCGGCGGCCCACCGGGCUCUUCGAGGGCCAGCGCAAUUACCUGCCCAACUUCAUCCAGAGCGUGCUGUCGUCCAUCGACCUGCGCGACCGCCAGGGCUGCACCAUGGUGGUGGGCAGCGACGGCAGGUACUUCAGCAGGACGGCCACCGAGAUCGUGGUGCAAAUGGCUGCGGCCAACGGGAUUGGACGACUGAUUAUUGGGCAGAACGGCAUCUUGUCAACGCCUGCGGUCUCCUGCAUCAUCCGGAGGAUCAAGGCAGCUGGUGGAAUCAUCCUAACAGCCAGCCACUGUCCCGGAGGACCAGGGGGAGAGUUUGGAGUGAAGUUUAAUGUUGCUAAUGGAGGUCCUGCACCAGAUGCCGUCUCAGACAAAAUCUACCAGAUCAGCAAAACAAUUGAGGAGUAUGCCAUAUGUCCUGAUCUUCGAAUCGACCUGUCUCGACUAGGAAGACAAGAAUUUGACCUGGAGAACAAGUUCAAACCAUUCAGAGUGGAGAUUGUGGACCCUGUUGACAUCUAUCUCAACCUCCUUCGGACCAUCUUUGACUUUAAUGCGAUCAAGAGUUUGCUGACUGGGCCCAGCCAGCUGAAGAUCCGCGUUGAUGCUAUGCAUGGAGUCAUGGGACCCUACGUAAGAAAAGUUCUGUGUGAUGAACUGGGGGCCCCGGCCAACUCCGCAAUAAACUGUGUUCCACUAGAAGACUUCGGAGGGCAGCACCCGGACCCAAACCUGACAUACGCAACCACCCUUCUGGAAGCCAUGAAAGGGGGGGAAUAUGGAUUUGGAGCUGCGUUUGAUGCUGAUGGGGACCGUUACAUGAUCCUUGGCCAAAAUGGCUUCUUUGUGAGUCCCUCGGACUCCCUUGCCAUCAUCGCCGCCAACCUCUCUUGCAUUCCGUAUUUCCGUCAGAUGGGGGUCCGUGGCUUUGGGAGGAGUAUGCCAACCAGCAUGGCUCUGGACAGAGUGGCCAAAUCAAUGAAGGUUCCUGUGUACGAGACCCCUGCCGGAUGGAGGUUCUUCUCAAAUCUGAUGGACUCUGGGCGAUGCUCUCUGUGUGGAGAGGAGAGCUUCGGCACUGGAUCUGAUCACCUCCGAGAGAAAGAUGGUCUCUGGGCUGUCUUGGUCUGGCUGUCCAUUAUUGCUGCCCGGAAACAGAGUGUGGAAGAAAUUGUUAGAGAUCAUUGGGCCAAAUAUGGCCGCCACUACUACUGCAGGUUUGACUAUGAGGGACUGGAGCCCAAGGCAACGUAUUACAUCAUGAGGGAUCUGGAGGCCCUGGUGACGGACAAGUCCUUUGUCGGCCAGCAGUUUGCUGUGGGGAGCCACAUUUACAGCGUUGCAAAGACAGACAGCUUUGAAUAUGUGGACCCUGUGGAUGGCACCGUGACCAAGAAGCAGGGCCUGAGGAUCAUUUUCUCAGAUGCAUCACGGCUCAUAUUCCGGCUCAGUUCCUCCAGUGGUGUGCGGGCCACCAUCAGACUGUAUGCAGAGAGCUACGAGAGGGAUCCCAGCGGUCAUGACCAGGAACCGCAGGCAGUGCUGAGCCCUCUCAUAGCCAUCGCGCUGAAAAUAUCCCAGAUUCAUGAGAGAACUGGCCGGAGGGGACCCACUGUCAUCACCUGAGCACAGGGCAGAAGAGCACUCAGAAAGAUGCUUCACCGUGCCUUUUUGCUUCCUGUUUGUGCCUCUUAGGACUUUGUAAAAACAAAAGCUACUCGGCUGUUGGGGUUGGGGGGGUGAAAGGAGGGUGGGAAUGGGGGAAGCACCCCUUUUGUUUUGAUUUGUCCAGUUCCUCCAAAUGCAGCAGGGUCUUUAGUUGUCUGUUAGAGCUUCACUAUUGUUUAAUAUCUCUAUUUCCUUACAGCCAUGGGCUUCCCCUUUCUAGAAAGAUAGGUAAACUAGGGAAGUAUUUCUGGUGUCUUGUGAGAAAAAGAUUCUAAGAGGAGAGAGAGCGAGAAAGAGAGAGAGAGAAUGCAGAAUUAAGCUGAUUCUAAGUUCAGGGCAGGCGAAAGACCUCAGCAACAUGGAGGAGGACUCAGCGUUGUAUCCCUGAUCAGAUCUACCCACGGUGAAGGUUUAGGACUUCUAGGACACACCCCUCUCCCACCAGCCGUCCAACGGCCCAUGCUCCCCAGCCUCCCGACGUCUCUGCACCACUCUUUCCACUCGUCUAGAAUUUUCUUUAAUUCACAGUGACACACCUCCAACAAGACAUAUAAAAAGGGUAUUUUCCUCUCUCUUCUUUUGCAUACGGUAUUAAUUUAGCUACCAAGCUGGCUUCAUCCCUCUGAAUGUAGCCAUUUCCUGUGCAGUCGGGGAAGAAUUUUCUAGAAAAGACUAAAAAAAGAAGGGGAGGCUUCCUUGAUUAUGUCACGGAAGCCAAUACAUGAGUUUGCGUAAAUCCUUCCAGGAAGAAUACCACUGUGCUGUGUUCUGAUCUUGGUCACAGCGGCUCGAUGAAGGAGAGCAAAAGGGCCUGGGAUAAUUGGUGGGGUAGUUGUGGGUCCAAUGAGACAGAGAAGUGGAUUGUCACAACUGGCUUUCUUUGCCUGGGGGAAAAAGGAACCUGGCAGCUCCAGCAGGCACACAGACAGGGGCAGAGUCCUCAGGCAGGCACGGGAUGUGCUUGUUUCUGUUUGCCUGCCUUGGGAACGCAGAUCCACUUAUCACACCAUUUGCGGAGAUGACCUAGUGACCCUUCACUGUUAAGCAAGGCAUAAUUGCUGCCUUCAAGGUCAGUGCUGCAAGGAAACAUUCCCAGCAAGGUGUUUGUUUCCAUUUUUGCUCUGCGCUUCUGUCAAAAACUUGCUAGAAUAUUUAGAAGCCAAUAAAACAGAACUUCUUAUGUUAACCUCCA